AUGACACUGCGGUACAAAGUUGGGAAAAUGGACCCGGCGUUGAGGCUUACGAAAGAGGUACAGCUAGAAAGUGGCUGGCACUAUGCAAUUGCUGUGGAUACUUGUCUUUCAUGGUCUAGCUGUGAACCGUUUGCUCUGCUCCACUUGGGGGCCAUCGAGCAUUGCCCCGCUGAGACCACCACUUCUUCUUCUUCUUCUUUUUCUCUGCGGGCUUCUCAGCUUUCUUCGUCAUGGGGGAUACGACUGGCCCCCCCUUGGGGCACACUGGCUGUUGAACAAUACUUUAUUGCAAACUGGAAUUACUCCUCGACCAAAACUCCGGAUCAGCAGCGAAGAAGACUAGUCGGUGGGUUUCUCGACCUGAAUCUUAUCCCGAUUGAAUGGGUAGAAGAUUGGGACAGCCUUCCAGGAGGUAUCGAUCCGCCUCGUGCGCCUACGACAGAGGAAAUCGACACGAUUCUCCGACCUUACCGUAUCAACGCCCUUCGAUGGCGCGCAGAUAAUAUGUUCCACGACCACACAUCCCCCGCUUUACUACGCACAUACUAUAGCACCGAAGAAGGCGAGCAAGCUAAACACGACGAAUUGAUGAAUAGAUGGGUCGACUCAGAUCCCUUUGAAGCAGAAUCCUGGUGGGCAGUUCUCGAUAAUGCGGAUCACUUUAACUUUGGGUGGGAGUGGCGGCGUAUAUAUGAGAUUCUCCCCCUUGCUGGCCCAAUUUCCCCUGAGGUUGAUGAUAAAUGGAUACCGCGAUUCCGUGGCCCGGAUUAUUAUGAUGAUGUGCGUUAUGAUUUUAAAAGGGAAGUUGCCGAAGCGAAAGAACAAAACCCUACGGCGUGGCGCGAGGGCCGAGAUGCUAUUAUUGAGAGACUUGCGAUGAGACUACACAAACUUGCCACGAGGACAUACCUAAUCCUUGCAGACGAGGAAGCUUUCCGGUCUGGCAGUCUGCGGCUGCUUUAUUUGGAUGGCUUUCGAAAUAUCGUUCGCGAGGGUCGUAUGGAUCCCGACAUUGACGAUCUCUUCGGUGUUAUUAGUCUAUGGAUGGACAGCGAAUUACUCGAAAGCUCUGUUGUGGGGGAGAAGUAUCGAGUCGGCGGGGAGUUGGGAAGGGAACUGUAUCAAUUAACAGAAGAAGAACUUGCAGACCCUAAUUAG